GAUCUAUUGGUUUCAAACUAAUGAUUAUCUUUUGUAAAAAAAAAAAAAAUACCAUGACUGUGCCUUCAAGUUCCCUCCAUCCUGGCAUCAUCCUUAUCUAACUCUCAUCCCGCACAACGGGCCAGUCCAUUCCAACGAAUAGCAGUUCUCGCCAUUCACCAACAAUCAACCAGUAAAGCUUCAGUCUUUUGAUCGGAAAGCACAAACUCAGCAUCAUGGUUUCCGCAAUCUUCACUUCUCUAGCUCAGUCUUCUAUGCACCGUCUCUCUUCUUCUUCCAAGUUAUCAUCUUCACUGAGAACUCCAGUCGGAAUCCCGAAGUUGGUAGCUCCAGGAAGGCUAAUUCGUAUUUCUAACCGAGGAUUGCGCCCGGUUUGCUUCUUCAAUUCUGGAGAAGAGAAGUCGAAGACCAAACUUGAGCCUCAGGAGAGUGGAUUGGAUUGGCCAGCUUUGAAGAGAUGGGACGUGCCGUGGGAGUGGCCGACUGUUUCGUUAACAUCACUUGCCUGUGGAAUUAGGUUCUGAUUUCUGCUUGCUCCUAAUUUUGAUGUUUGAAUUCUUGAAAAUUUUGAUCUGGGUACUUUUUUCUUGGCAAAAUAUUAUGUCUAUUGAUGAAUUCACGGGAUUUCGUUUUGUAAGUUCUAACUGUUGUAGCUUGAAUUGGUGUAUGGUGUUGGCUAAGAAGAAAGUGAAUUAACUUUUAGGCAGGCAGUUUUAUUUUGACAGGGUUGGUGGAGGUUCAGACUUUGCCAUUUCUGGGAAUUAAAUAUGAACUGUUGAGUUUAGAUGAGAAGGCUGAGUUGUUGUUUGUGGAUCAAAGUCUCACAACAGCAGUUGUAAUUGGAGUUAUGUAUAGUAUUACCAAGAGCUUUGGACCGCUUCCUGAAGAUAUCUAUCGCUAUGAUUUCAAGGAACCCUUCGACCUGCAACGAGGCUGGUUGUUGUGGGCUGGGAUAGGUCUUGGGAGUGCUGUGCUUGCCAUUGCAUUGACAGGAUUUGUUGUCUCCAUUUUUAAUGGCGAGACUCAAGAACGUGAGGCUGAUGCUCUUGUUCGGCUUCUUCCACUAAUCGGAUCUUCAGGCAUCAGCACUGGUUUACUGCUAGUAAUCACUGGUGUCCUUGCUCCAAUUUUGGAGGAGAACGUCUUUCGAGGAUUUUUCAUGGUCGCUCUUACAAAGUGGGUUCCAACACCAAUAGCUGUAGUGAUCAGUGCCGCAGUUUUCGCUCUAGCACAUCUAACUCCAGGAGAGUUUCCCCAACUGUUUGCUUUAGGAACUCUGCUUGGAUUUUCAUAUGCUCAAACGCGGAACCUUCUGACUCCAAUUACAAUUCAUGCUUGCUGGAACUCGGGGGUGAUCUUGAUCCUCACCUUGCUCCAGCUCCAAGGAUAUGAUAUCAAAGACAUAUUGCAAGUAACCCAAUAAGGACCAGGGUUCUCAUAUCCCCUCACCGAGGCGGCUUCUGCUAGAGCUUCACUUCCUCUGCUGUUAUGUAUGGUUUGGAUGCAUCAUUAAGAUGAUGGGAGAUUUAGAUGAUUGGCGCUUAGUUAUAGAUAUCGGCUGGUCACCCUCAAAACAAGUCACAUUUCUUUAGCGUCUAAGGCCAAAGUUCAGAUAGUUGUGUUAGACUGGUUUUAUUAAAUCUGGACUCGGUAGCCUUUAUAAUUGUUUUGGCGUUGUGGUGAUGAAUGAGCAUGUAGAUAUAACUUUUAUUGUCUUUUUGUGUAUUGUAAAGUUAGUACUGGCUUUCCUUUUACAUGAUUAUCCCUUGUUGAAGAGGCUACCGUUAUGGAGCACUCAGGUCUGUGUUAAUUCUGUUUUUGAAUUUCUUCUAUGUUUGAAUUCAUCGUUCAUGUUAUCUGUUUGAUUAGAGCUUCGACGAUCAGAGAUUGAGUUGAUCAGAGAUUGAG